GGUGGGCGGGCGAAGGACCGAGCGCGGCCUCUUGGGGAGGAAGGGCCGUCCCGGGAGUGAGGCGGGAGCGGCGGAGUUGAGCCGAGCUGCUCCCCUCGGUGCCGCUCUCCGCCGGCUUCUCGGCAGCCGCCCCCUCCUGCCAGCGGGGCCGGGACGGAGCGGCGGCCACGGGGAGCCUGGGCUCGCAACGGUGGCCUAAACCUGGGCUCCUGCAGUUUGCGGGGCGCUUAUCGCUUGUAGGAGCUGGUGGAAGCCGUGAACGGGGAGCUUCAGGUGAGGGACACUGAAGACUGCCGCUUCCUGUGGCGUACAGGUAAGAUUCCUUACGUUUGAAGAUGCCGCUCUUUGGGAAUAUUAUUGUGAUUAAACGGAAUGGGACUGAUGGAAUUAGUUUUCCACUCACUGCAAGUUCUUGUUUAUUUGGAAGGAGAACAGAAUGUGAUAUUCGCAUCCAGUUGCCUCAGGUCUCAAAAGAACAUUGUAAAAUUGAAGUGAAUGAAAACAAGGAGGCAAUAUUGACUAAUUUAAGUACAGUAAAUCCUACGCAGCUGAAUGGUGAUUGUUUUCAGCAACCCGUACCUCUGAAGCAUGGAGAUGUGUUAACAAUUAUCGAUCGCUCUUUCAGGUUUGAAUAUCCUCUCCAAUCAACUCCAAGAAAGAAGCGUUCUAGAUCUCCAAAAGAUGAAACACUGCAGCAGGUGGCAGAAGUGGAAUUACCACGCAAACAAACUUCAGGACAUAAAAGUCUUCAUGCUGCAGAUAAUGCUGAGUGUGAAGAAAAAAAUGCCAAUGAAAAUAAAGAAAGUACAGAGGAAAAUACUUACAAAGCUUUACUCGUCAAACUACAAACACCCAAAUCUUCACACAGAACACAUCAAUCUAGUAAAAAGCAAAAUGAAAUGUCUCCCUUUAGUAAACUCUAUGAAAAACUGAAACAUGAGAUUAAACUGAACAAAGCUCUGCAAGAGGGAAAUGCGUCUAAAGAUGCUGCAAAAGAAGAUGGUAAGAGUGUUCUAGAACCAAGUGCUCGAAUUUCGUCAUCGGGUUGUGUUUAUGAUCUGGGAAGCCUGACUAAAGAAAAAGAAAUAGGCAAAAGUGAAAACACUGAAGAACGUAAAAUAAAAAUAAACCAAGAAGUAAUCAGUUCAGAGCUUAACCAGAUCGCAGCUGUAGGAGGUGCUACCAGGAAAAGUUUUACCAGAAGUCCUCGAACUUCUGUUUCAAAGGAGAUGUCAAGAGAUAUUGGUAAAAGAAGUCACUUGCAGGAUCAUAAGGAACCAAGUACAGCAGGUGAAUCUCAAGGUACCGAAGGUACAACCAAACCCCCUAAGGAGAGUGAUGGAAAUGCAGCAUUUUCAUUGAAGCCGUGCUCUAUAGAAUGCUUGGAUUAUGCAGAUAAAAUGAAAAUAUACAGCUCUGCAAUAGCAGCAGAUAAACUAGCACAAACCAAUAACAAGAUAAAUGCUCCUAAAGUAGGUGAGGAUGCUCUGUCUACACCAACGUCCAGAAGGAAGAGUCCUCGGUCUCAUUUCUUACCACCUACAAAAGCAACUAGUGGAAUGAACCCUGUACAUACUGAUACUCCAACAACUCAACACGUGUCACUGAAAUGUGACCUUUUUUCAGAAGUUUCAGGGGAAACUCAAAGGGAAGAUUCAGCGUGUGGAAAUGAUAGCCUCAAACAAGUGCAUUUGGCAGAAAAUAAAUGCUUAAGACAAAGACGAAAUAGUAAACAACAUACACCGGGAAAGCCUGUAAAAGAAGUAGUGCUGCAAGAAAUUUGCGAUGAGGCAAACACUCCUCACUCAAAAGAGGGACAUUCUGAAACUCCUGUCUCUAAUUCCAAGAGUCCCAGAAGAAAUAACAGGCAAAGUAAAGAAUUAUCAAACAAAAGUGUCCAUUCAGAGACACUGGCUUCAGAAGAGGCAACAUCAGAUUUGGCAUCUCCCCCUGGUCAGAAGUCUGACUCUGGAAGAAAAAGGGGUAGGCCAAGGUCCUCAGGACCGCAAACUGAAAAAGCACUGGAGACGAAUGCUGUUCAAGAACAUCCUGGUAAGACUACAGACAGAAAAGACAGUGGAAUUACAGAAGAGCUGGCCAUGAAGGGGUGUCAUCAGAAACAAGAUUUGGAAGAUGCCAGUAUUACAAGACCUCGUAGAUUAUCAUCAGAGAGAAGGUCUUCUGGUAGUGCUGCUGUACUGAAAGACAAUGAGACUGUCUCAGAAACGAAUAUUUCUGGCCUGUUGGCUGGAGGAGAAUCGGGCAAGAAAAGAAGGAUAUCUCAGAAGAGGAAAAGUGGUGAUUUGGUACUUCAGCCUUUAGGAAAAAGAAAGAGAGUGUCUUUUGGUGGUCAUCUAAGUCCAGAACUUUUUGAUAAAAGUUUGCCUCCCAACUCACCCCUUAAAAAGGGUGCGAUUCCUGUGAGACUGAGCUUACCAUUUGGAAACUCGCCGCGUGCCGUUCUGAAAAAGGCUCAGGGAUUGAGGCACUUUUCAGUCCAGGAGCUUUCUGAAGAUUUGCAGAAAGAAAAGAUGUCGCCAAAAAAUUUGCCAACCCAGAAGUCCCCAGGUGCCUCAUCCCCUGCCUCUGGGAGGGCAACACCUAAACUUACUUCAGGCGCUCUAGCACCUUACACAAAAGGACGUUUCUCCAUUUCUCAUGUCACAACACAAUUGCCAGUGGCAGAAGAGAAGGAUGAUGUUGCAGAAGAAAUUAAUACAAAGGAGGAAAAUGGAGCCCAAGUGAAAACACCUAAACCUUCUUGCAUCAACCAAGAUGAAAAGACCUCUUUUACGGCUAAACCUGACAAACUAACAAGAAGUGCACAACUUGCCUUGAAGGUCACUCCCAUGAAGAGGAGAAGCGGGGCUGUGGCAGUUAUCAAUGCAAAAAGAAGAAGUGGUGCCUCUAGUGCCAACUUACUAGUUGCAAAAUCUUGGGCAGAAGUGGUAAAAUUAGGUGUUGCAAGACCACAGGCAAAGGCUGUUAAAAAAAGUGUCCGAAAACAAAGAUCCCUAAAGCAGAAAAUCCGAUCACCAAAGACUCCAGAAAACAAAAUAAGAGGUCCUUUUAGUACAGGCCAUGCAGAGUCACCUGCUACAAUAGUGGUAGGUAGAGCUUAUUCCACCAGAGUCAGAACGGCUGGACAGGUCCCUAAAGUGGUGAAAAAUCCUAUCUUGAAGCUAAACAUGAACAUGGAUGAAAGCUUCACAGGAAUGACUGAAAUGUUUCAAACGCCAGAAGAGAAGAGUGGAAAAACAUUACCGUUGGCUGCUGUUCAGAAGGCUGAUUUUACACCAACUUGUACUGAGGCAGAAAUCUCUGAAUUGCACACUCCUGAAGAAUCUGGAGAGAUGAUGGUGUCACCAUUAAAUAGUUCAGAUACUUCAGAACAGAAACAAGAUAGUCCAGGCAUUUCUCAUCUCCUGAGAGAGAAGGGGUCUCUAAAGUCUACGUUUGAUGCAAUUUCCACAAAAACUCCUGAAAAAAGAAAAGCUAUGCUGGAAGAAAGUAGUGUGGAUAGUUUGUCAAUAAUUCUGGAAACACAAGCAUCUCGAGUGAAAUCAGGAAGUAAAAGGAGGACUCCAAAGCAGAAGUUGGAGCCAGCUGAAGUUGUAUCAGGCAUCAAGCAGCUUUUCAGGACCCCGGAGCAAAGGUCAGAACCAGUAGAGGCCUUGUCAGGCAUCAAGCAGCUCUUGAGGACCCCGAAGCAGAAGUCGGAGCCUGUAGAGGCUUUGUCGGGCAUCAAGCAGCUCAUGAAGACCCCGAAGCAGAAGUCAGAGCCUGUAGAGGCCUUGUCGGGCAUCAAGCAGCUCAUGAGGACCCCGAAGCAGAAGUCGGAGCCUGUAGAGGCUUUGUCGGGCAUCAAGCAGCUCAUGAAGACCCCGAAGCAGAAGUCGGAGCCUGUAGAGGCCUUGUCGGGCAUCAAGCAGCUCUUGAGGACCCCGAAGCAGAAGUCGGAGCCUGUAGAGGCCUUGUCGGGCAUCAAGCAGCUCUUGAGGACCCCGAAGCAGAAGUCGGAGCCUGUAGAGGCCUUGUCGGGCAUCAAGCAGCUCUUGAGGACCCCGAAGCAGAAGUCGGAGCCUGUAGAGGCUUUGUCGGGCAUCAAGCAGCUCAUGAAGACCCCGAAGCAGAAGUUGGAGCCUGUAGAGGCCUUGUCGGGCAUCAAGCAGCUCAUGAAGACCCCGAAGCAGAAGUUGGAGCCUGUAGAGGCCUUGUCGGGCGUCAAGCAGCUCUUGAGGACCCCACAGCAAGAGUUGGAACCAAUUACAGAUGAAACUGCCUUUAAAAGAUCAAUGCAGACUCCAGAACAAAAAAGGGAAGCAGUAAAAGAUGUGGCAAGUGUUGCUUCAAUCAAGAAAACUCCAAAGCUGAAAUAUGAACCAGUAGAAGACAUGUUUGGUGUCAGCCGUAUUUUCAAGACACCAAAGGAAAAAGUUGAACCCAUAGAAGAUGUGUUUGGUAUUAGUAGAUUAAUGAAGACUCCAAGAGAGAAGUAUCAACCAGUUGAUGAUUUUGCAGGUCUGCAGAGGCUUAUGGCAGAACCCAGGCAGAAGUGCUCUGAUCUUGAAGUGGACUAUGUUGGAGUUGCAGAAAUGUUUGAUAUACCAGAGGAAAUUAAGGUCAGAUCAGUAAAUGAUAUGGAUUCUAAGCAAGAAGAUACUGCACCUCCUUGUACUAAUUCCAGUCAUAAAUAUGAAGACAAAGCAAGUAUUUCAGAAGGUGAAGAUUCUCAACAGAAGGAAUCAACUAAUGAAGACCAGUCUACCCAGAGACUAAGAAGGGGCAGGCAACGCAAGGCAGUACAACCUGCUGCAGCAAAGCAGUGUGAAAAGGAUUUGAAUUUAAAAGAAUUGCAAGGUCAGGGAAAAAAGAGCACCCAAGAGGAGGUGGGAGAGACCAGUACUUCAACUUCAGUAGCUAAAAGUGAAGUAAGAGGAAAGAGAACAAACCGCUGCAUACAAGAAGAAAUUGUUUCAAAGCACCCUGAUCAGGAAAAAGUUGAAAGUGUUUCAUUUGUGGAAACACAUGAAGCUACUCAAAGACCAGGGAGAAGUAAAAGAAAAGAACCGAAGGAGUUAAAACAUCCAAGCGAGAAUCUUGAGUUUUGUCACAAAGAUUCUUCAGUGCUGCAAAAAGGACUUGCAAAUAUGAAACAGACUUUGCAGGAGUAUGGCAUCAACGACAUAUUAGAAACUGAAGAUGAUCCAACCAUAAAGACAGUAAGUGUAUCUGGUAGCAUUCAGAAUGAAAGUUGUCAACUGCAAACAGGUUUAAAAAGACCUCAAAACAAAUCUAAUGAAGGUGGUGUAGAAGACAGUGAAGAAAUGCUUCUGUCACCUGGGAAGCGGUCUAGAGGAGUAAAACAAGUAGAAAACAUAGAACCACUGGUUCCACCUAAAAGAGGAAGAAGAGCUAGAAAUGACCGAUUUAAACAAGCUUCUUCAGAGGACCUUAGUGGGACAACCAGGAAGCUUCGCAAAGACCCACCAGAAAAGCUGAUACAAAGAGAUGAACAGACUUUUGACAAAGAUACCGAGACUGUCACAGCAGAAGAAUCUGAAAAUGGACGUAAACUUGAAAUAAAGGUAACAGAGAAAAGAGUUAAGUCUUUAAGAAGUGCUAGAAAGCACUCAGCUGAAGUAAAAGCAGACAUCUGUGGGAUGGCACUUGAAAAUACACAAAACAUUCAGAAAACCAAGGAAAUUUCAGCUGAAACUGGUACUGAAACACGGUCACGCAUCAAAAAAGAGAUUAAAGUAUCUCAGGGAGAUGAAACAGAAAAUGCUCAGGAAAAUAAAACAGAGGCAUCUCAAAGAUCAAAGGCAGAGUCACCUUCUGGAGAGACAAACAAAAUGCCAGUUACUGCUCUGAACUUAGAAGCAAAUAGAAGUGCAGUACAAGAAACAACCAGAACUAGAAACAGGAGAGGCAAAAAUGACUCCUUGGAGAAAAAGGCUGAUGAAUUUGCUGAAGAUGUAAGCAACCUAGAACUACCUACCUCCAAAUUUAAGUCAGAAACAGAAACAGACAAAUCUUCUUUGAGCUCUGUUUGUGCCAUGAAGGACCAGAGCGACCCAGCUGGCACAUCAAUACUUGCUGCAAACACUGAUGGUCUUGCUCAUAGCCGUCAAACGCGGACGAGAAAGGGACAGGGAGUACUUAAACCAAAGCAAACUGAAAUCCUGCAGGAGAAUCAAGAACAAAAAGGUGGCAUGGCGCAUAGAAGAGGUAGAGGCAGAAAAGUUAAUUUUGAACUUGAAGAAGGCAGUUCCAAAGUGGUUGGAGGAAAAAGGAGUUUACCUGGGGAUGACAAAGGAAUGGUUUACAAAGAUGGUCAACAUGAGACUUCAGAAAAUCCUUCUUCACAGGUAAGGAAGAGCAGAAGAAAGGAAGCUGAUUCCGUGCCACAGAUAGCUUGUUCUGCCUUUAUGGAAAAACAAACAUUAAUUGCAGAUCAUAGUAAAGAUGAGGCUUUUGUAAAAGAGCAAGAUUCAGCUGUGGAAGCUACUCCCUCUUCGACAGAAGACAACCCACUGAGACGAGGGAGAAGACGAGAGGUUGCUGCAGCAUCACAAACAUCUAGAUCUCUUUCUAUCAGAAGAAGACGUGGGUUGCUGGAAGGUGAUGAUAAAAAGAUGACUGUGAGAGAAGAUCAAAACCCAGCUUUGGGAAGUAAAAGUUUGCAGGCAAAAGCAAAUGCAUCAGCAAGGGACAACAGGAAAAAGAUUGAUCUAGCAGCAGAGGCAAAAAGUUCAUCUUCUCCUCAGAGAAAAUGUGGCUUGUCAGAAACUGAUGAUAAAGAGGAGAGUACUAACGAAGAACAAAAUAUGCCUUUGGAAACAGUGUCCUCUGCAAAAGAGAAGCCAUUAGGAAGGGGCAGAAGGAAAGAAACUGCUUUGGCAUCACAAGCAACUAAUUACAUUUCUCUUAGAGGAAAACGCGGUUUGUCAGCAGAUAAUGGUACAGAAGAAGCUCCGAAAGAAGGUCAAAACGUUCCAUCAGAAACUUCUGAUUCAUCUAUAAAAGAAAAUCAACUGAGAAAAGGCAGAAGGAAAGAAAUUGCCAUCUUGUUAGAAGGCGCAAGUUCUAUUCAGGGAAAACAGGACUUAUCAAAAGAAAGUGGUAGAAAGAAUAAUUAUGGGGAAGCAAAACAGCUGAUUUUGGAGAAAUCUACUUCCCAAGAAAAGAUUGAUCUUUCAAAAGGGAACUCGAGGCAAAUGAUCACUUCACUGGCUGUUAGUUCCACCUCACUUCAAGGUUUGCCAGAAGACGGUAAGAAUGAAACUCCUGAAGAAGAACAGAGUAUACUUUUGGAAGUGGCUCCAUCUGCAAAAGAAAAUCCGUCAAGAGUGGGCAGAAAGAAAACAAUGUCUUCCAAAUCUGAAGAAACUAAUUCCACUUUAAUCAGGGAAAAACCUGGCUUGCCUAAAGAUAGACGUCAGAAGAGGAUUCUUAAAGACAAUGAAGAUACAUCUCUAGAAAAUAAUUCAUCCCAGGAAAAAACAAGACAACUGAGGAGUAAAAGGAAAAAGGUAGAAUUCACAUCAAAGGCAGCUACUUCUACUCUCCGUAAAAACGGCGACUUGCCAGAAAAUGGUAACGCUUCAGAAACUCAAAAUGUGUGUUUGACAUCCACUGGUUCGGAAAAAAAUGAUCGGUCUGGAAAAGGAAAAGAGGUUAACACUUUGCAACAGGCAUCUUCCACUUCACGCAGAAGAAAAUGUCAGUUGCCAGCAGAUGACUUAACAUCGAAAAAAUUAAAAUCAGAGAAUAAUGAGAAUAGAUCGCUACAAAAAGGAAGAAGAAACAAAAGUAAAGAAGAACUUGGCGAAGAGGGUGUGAGGGCUACUCGGACUGCUGGAGGGUCGGACAGGACGACAAGAUCAAGCACAAGAACAAGUGCAAGAACAAGAAAAUAGUCUUAAUGGUCACAGAACCAGUUUUUAAAUCAAUUCAGCAAUUGAAAUUGCAGGCUUUUUAAUGGAAAUUGACUUGCAUUCAAUUUUAAGCUUAAAUUUUUGUAAAGCAAUCACUGAUUUACGAUAUCAAAAUAUAUUUCUUAUAUUUCUUAACUGGUUGCAGAUGCAAUGUAGAUAUCUGUUUUAAUAGAUUUGUUUAUGUGUAGUGGCUCUUAAGUCUUGAGGUGUUAGUGCAAAAGUGCAAAUCUAAAAAAGAAUUAUUUUGUAACAGUAUUUAUCCCCCUUUUAAUGUUAAUCAGUAGAGCAGUCAGUAAACCAUAUUGCUUUACUGACAGUUUAAUUGUAAUCUAUUUUCUGCCUAAAUUUUCAUGUGUUUAAGUUUUAUUUUUUCAUUACAGUUCUGUAAAUAUUUUUUAAAAAAACUAUAGCUGUAUUAGCAGGGCUAUUACGCUGAAAUUUUGGUGUUUUUUUUUUUAAAAAAAAAGAAUCUUUGUACUGAAAAGUGGAGAUUUUUAAGCCAUUAAAUUUGUAAACAAUU